AAAGAAAUCCAAACAGUUCAAAAAUUAGACCGCGAAACAAGUCAAGGGGGGGAAACGAAAGGACCCCCCGAAACCGAAGCAGCCACCGCGAUUUAUGAUCGGAACUCCACCGAUGAAUCUCGCGGCGGAGUUCAUUUCAUCUUCUCCCCUCAGUUCUCCAAUGGACGGCUAGGGUUUUACUCUCGUUUGCUCUAUUGGAAUUUCUUUUCGACGCUCUGCUUGCUUAUUGGGCAAAUUUUCAUCAGGUAUCUCUAUGGAGUUUUUUUUUUUGUUCUUUUGCUCCAAAUUUGAUCUCCUCGACUAAACUGCAUGAAACAAUCCUUGCUUGAUUCUCUUGCGAUCUGAAGAUUUCGACAAUGUACAAAGAUUUAUGCGAUUCUUGCAAUUAUAACUUUUUGGAAAAUGAAUUUUGCCUAGAAUCGUUCUGUUUUUCCGUUCAAAGAAUUUGAAUACUGAAAUUGGAUGGUUUGGCCCUUGAAAUGAGCGCUCCUAAUCGGUUUGUCCCUGAGGCUCGUGGCAAUUGGCCGCUAUUGCCUCCUCCGUAUCCUGAUCCAAGAAACCAAUCAUUCUAUCGGUCUACGAUGUCUGGAGCUGUUAGUAGUUGGAGAAUGCCUUCAAAUUUUGGGAUUCCACCAUGGAACAAUUGGAACAUUGGGUAUGAACAUGAGUUGGGGCGUUCAUAUAGACCUGGUUUUAAUGAUACUCACAGAAUGCUACCUUCCAGACCUGGAAUUGAAUUCCAUGAAGGUCAAUUAUCAGAGCGUUGGAAUGUUGAUGACUCGAAUGAAAUGAAAGUGUGCAGACUGUUCCAACGCCGGAAGAAAUGUGCAUAUGGGGAUCAGUGUCGUUUCCUUCAUGAAAUUCCUGAGAAAACUAGGGAUUCUGGCUCCUCCAGCCAAAAUUAUGAGGUUAGAAGAAGUGGGUUCGAUCAAUUGGAAGAAGUUCGAUCAAAAGUACAAACGAAGGUGGUUGUCCGUGGUGAGAUUCCAAAGCCUUUAAUUGGCAAACCAAGGCCCUGUUACCCCUGGCAGACCACUGGUCGCUGUCCAUAUGGGGCCGGUUGUCGCUUUGCCCAUGGAGAAGCAGAACUACAGAAGCUUGAGCCCUGUAGUGCAUCACAACGUGGGAGCGUAGGUGGUGUCUCUGCGACUGCAACAACGACUGCUCCUGUCGAAGCUGGAUUAAGGAGCAGCAAGGAAAUUGGAACCGACUGUAAGAAUAAAGGGCCGAGAAUUAACCAAUUCUUUGAAUCAAAGGAGUCUAAGAAGUUGAUUGGCAUUUAUGCCGACUGGCUCGAAGAUUGAGUUUUCCGCAUGGCUUGCAGUACAAAGAUUUGACCAAAUCCCGAGGCUUUUUCUAAAUCUCAUAAAUUGGUUGAGAAAAUGAAGGUUCUUCCUGAACUUCAUAACUUCAUAUUGACAUUGAAUAUAGCGUCUGGAUAAUAGAUAUCAUUCUUCACAAGAAUAUGAAAAUUUUCUGUCUUUUUUGUGUACGACUCUGGACUAUAGUAGCAAAGGGCAAGAAUCAAGAUGAUUAGUAAGUUCAUGGUA